UGUGCCAUAACUUCACGUACGUCAUACGUUGCGAAGCAGGAAAUUGAGUCUCUGAAAUUCUCACGGAAGAAAACCAAAUUACAUGGUGAAAAUGGUAAAGACAAAUUUAGUAUUUUCUACUGUUACAUUGAUCACAUUUUUUGGUCUUGCUAAAGGAAUAAUAACAUCUCCACCUGAUGGUCAAAAAUUUGUAUUUUCGCCUGGAUCUUCUCACAAAAUAACUUGGAGAUUAAAUAAUAUUGGAAACUUUGUUUUUCGGAAAUGGACCUUUAGGACAUUUGACACUCCUUCUUCUGAAGCUAAAGUAAUUGUAAGAAUAUAUGAUGAUAAAGAACCAGUUUAUGAUGCAUCAGUCCUUAAGUCUUUUGGUUUAGAUGUUGAAGUUUUUAAACCUGCAACUCUAAUGUUAAAAAAGGUUAAUCAAAGUUACAUUGGUGUUUAUAAAUUUUCUGUCGACGCUCCUGAUCCCUUUGGCUCAUCUGUAAACGUGUCUAUUGCAAAUGCUGAUGUUAAAAGCUUGAUUCUGAAAUUGCUCAAAACAGAUGAAACCAAAGAAAAAGAUAUUCCAUCAUAAAGAUAUGUCAAAGAUAACGGAAAUAAGACUAAAGAAAAUGAAAAGUGCAUCGAACCUAAUGAUAAAGAACCAAAAAUUCGCGCACACAUGGUUGAUGUCGAGACAUUUGUUUUGACGUUAACCAGCACAGACAAAAUUGUUUCAGAAAAGUUAGACAUAGACGAUAAUGCAAGUAAACUCGACCAAAUCCUCACUCGUCUACGUAUUUUAGAAGAAAAAUCGAAAAACGAUGAUAACAAAAAAGCCGUCCUUCUAGUCGACAACGCGAAAAUGGCAGCCGAGAUUGAUCAUUUGAAAUUUUUUAUUAGCAUGCUAAGAGAAGACUGCAAUCGAAUCUUGUCUCUCCUUGAUAACAAUCAAAAUGCUUGGAUAGAUGUCAAUCGUAAGAAUCAACCCAAGACCAACCAACAAAACCCAACAACUUAUCCUCUUCCUCUAGUAAAUAGAUUUGGAAAUCUCCACAAUAAAUCCCUCAAGGAAAAUCACGUAGCUCCGACAGUUAGCACACAGUCAAUGGAAGUAUGCCUCACUCAGUCAACUCAGUCCCAACUGAAUGCUUACCGCUGUAAGAAGAAGGAAAAGUUUUCUAAAUUAAAAAUUGAUAAUCCUAAUGAAGACAACGAGCAAACUGACAAAAAAACUCAAUCUCAACUGAAUGCUUACCACAAUAAACAGAAGAAAAAGUUCACCAAAUUAAAAAUUGACACUCCUAACGACGACCAAAAUAUAACUGUCCAAAAAACCCAUAACUAUUUAGCUGCGUCAACUCUUAUCAUUGGUGACUCAAUGUUGAAACAUAUAGAUCCAAAAAAGAUCUCCUGGGCAGCGAGAGGUAAAUAUACCUGCCACUCCUUCAGUGGUGCAAAAGUAAAGGACAUCCAGCAAAAAGUCCUGGAGAUCCCUCAAAAUAAAUAUGGUACUAUUAUUAUGCAUGUUGGUACUAAUGAUCUUGUCUAUAGUAGUGCUGAUGAAGUUGCCACAGGUUUAGAAACCUUGAUUGUAAGUUCGAAGAAGUUAGCAGGUAAAGUGGGAAUUUCAAGUGUUAUAAAAAGAUUUGAUGGCAAGGUUUCCUUAAAUAAAAUGGCUUUUUAUAAUUCUCUCAUCUACAAAUUAUGCUCUAAACAUAAUGUUUCUUUUAUAAAUAACGAAAAUAUUGGCAAAAAUCACUUUAAUGGCUCCAAUCUCCACUUGAACAAAUUGGGAGACCAAUUUUUUGGUAAUGACAUUUAUCGCCACCUUACUCUCCUAAUGAUUUCUUUUUGCAUUUUGAAAAAUUAAUCAAACAAUUUGGCGAUCAAAGUAAAGAAUUAUAUAUUUUUGGUGAUCUUAACUGCGACAUGCUUAAACAUGAACCUGAUACACCAACAAAGAAAAUUAUAUCUCUAUAUGAAUUGUAUCAACUCUCUCAACUCAUUAAUUGUCCACGCGAGUAACACUGUCAACCUCGUAUUGAUCAUGUAAUAACUAAUAGCCCAGACAAUAUUUCCCAUUCUGGCGUCAUACAUAAUGGAAUUUCUGACCAUAACUUGAUAUUUGCGGUUAGGAAAAUUAACUUC